AUGAUUUCGAAAGGGCUUUAUGGAGACCACGCGAUUUCCAAGGUCAUGGGAUACGGCCACGUCGGUGACGGAAAUUUGCAUCUCAAUGUGAUCGCCAAGCAUGGAUACCGCCCGGAGCUUGAGGCAGCUCUGGAGCCUUUCAUUUAUGAAAUUGUCGGUGCGUAUUACUUCUCCCAGCAAUUCAUUGGCGCGGUUGUUGACGAGCAUCUGAAUUCAGCUGAUCGCAAGGGCUCCGUGUCCGCAGAGCAGGCAUUGGAUCGAUGA